AGGAGGCACUGAAUUGGGCUCUUGAGCAACAUCUCUUAAUCCUCAGAACGUCCCGGGGAGCUCCACAGGGUCCCACCUCCUGGGCCAUGAGUGAGCUGAAGGACUGCCCGUUGCAGUUUCACGACUUCAAGUCUGUGGACCACCUGAAGGUCUGUCCCCGCUACACAGCAGUGCUGGCCCGCUCUGAGGACGAUGGCAUCGGCAUUGAGGAGCUGGACACCCUACAAUUGGAGCUUGAGACCUUGCUGUCCUCUGCCAGCCGGCGCCUUCGUGUGCUGGAAGCUGAAACCCAGAUCCUCACUGACUGGCAGGAUAAGAAAGGUGACCGGCGACUCCUGAAGCUGGGUCGAGACCAUGAACUUGGAGCUCCUCCCAAGCAUGGGAAACCCAAGAAGCAGAAACUGGAAGGGAAAGCGGGACAUGGGCCAGGCCCUGGCCCUGGGCGACCCAAAUCCAAAAACCUUCAGCCCAAGAUCCAGGAGUAUGAAUUCACUGAUGACCCAAUUGACGUGCCACGGAUCCCCAAGAACGAUGCCCCCAACAGGUUCUGGGCCUCUGUGGAACCCUACUGUGCCGACAUCACCAGUGAGGAGGUGCGCACACUAGAGGAACUCCUGAAACCCCCAGAAGAUGAGGCAGAACAUUACAAGAUCCCGCCUCUGGGGAAGCAUUACUCCCAGCGCUGGGCCCAGGAGGAUCUGCUGGAGGAGCAGAAGGACGGGGCCCGGGCAGCAGCUGUGGCUGACAAGAAGAAGGGUCUCAUGGGACCACUGACUGAACUGGACACUAAAGAUGUGGAUGCCCUGCUGAAGAAGUCUGAGGCCCAGCAUGAGCAGCCGGAAGAUGGGUGCCCCUUUGGCGCCCUGACACAGCGCCUCCUGCAGGCCCUGGUGGAGGAAAAUAUUAUUUCCCCUAUGGAGGACUCUCCCAUUCCCGAUAUGUCUGGGAAAGAAUCUGGGGCCGACGGGGCAAGCACCUCUCCCCGAAAUCAGAACAAGCCCUUCAGCGUGCCACACACCAAAUCCCUGGAGAGCCGCAUCAAAGAGGAGCUGAUUGCCCAGGGCCUGCUGGAGUCUGAGGACCGUCCCGCAGAGGACUCAGAGGACGAGGUCCUAGCUGAGCUGCGCAAACGGCAGGCAGAACUAAAGGCGCUGAGCGCCCACAACCGCACCAAGAAGCACGACCUGCUGAGGUUGGCAAAAGAAGAGGUGAGCCGGCAGGAGCUGAGGCAGCGAGUCCGCAUGGCAGACAAUGAGGUCAUGGACGCCUUUCGAAAGAUCAUGGCUGCGCGGCAGAAAAAGCGGACACCCACCAAGAAGGAAAAGGAUCAGGCCUGGAAGACGCUGAAGGAGCGGGAAAGCAUCCUGAAGCUGCUAGAUGGGUAGCCCUUGCCCUGCCUCAGCUGUUUUCCCUACCCUGAGGGAGGCCCACUUCCUUCUUUGGGUGCCAGAUGCCUUGCUUGGCCUGGGCUUCUCAGGUCUGGCGAAGUCUGUGUGGUCUGGAGGGGACUGUGGCCCUCUUGACUCUUUAGGCCCAGCUCUGUCUAACCAGGAUCCAGGAGGCCCUGCGAGGCUGGCCUGAAGCCCAGUUUCUGCUUGGCCCUAAGAUGGGGGCUUCCUUUUUGGGUCUUCCUCUUUUCCCUCUUCCCCAUCUUGCCCCUUCUCUUCUCCCCCUCAAGGACUUCUUCCUGUGGUUUUGUAAAGUGCAAAUUUAAGAAUAAAGUGACUG